CAUACACAGUGUUUCAGGAAGAGAAAGAACUAGAUAGAGAGUAAUAUAUGUCUUUCCAGAGACAAUGAACUAAACUACUUAACUUAUUUAAUUGUUGUUGUUAAUUUCAGACACAUUUGCGCACACAGUAAGUCAUGGAGGAUGACGUAGAUGAAGCGAAUUGGACUUUUACUAACAUUUCACUAGAUGAUGAAACAGCUGACGGAGAACAAACAGUGCUGCGCUUCAGACCAGAGGAAGAGUACAGCAACAUGAACUGCGAGAUUGAUGGAGAUAUGGAGAACCAGGUUGAGCAGGAGGAGAAGUCGAGACUCAUAAACCAAGUGCUGGAGCUUCAACACACACUUGAAGAUCUCUCCGCGCGUGUGGAUGCUGUAAAAGAGGAGAACCUUAAGCUCAAAUCGGAGAACCAGGUUCUCGGGCAGUACAUAGAGAAUCUCAUGUCCGCCUCCAGCGUGUUUCAGACCACCGACACCAAAAGCAAACGAAAAUAAGUGACCGUGUGGAUCACGUCAGCUUUAUCCACACCAUUCAUACUACUAGCCUGUACAGAAGCUGCUGUUUGUUUUGUAUUUAUUUUGUUGUAAUAUCAUACUGAGGCAUCUUUCAGCAUGGAUUUGCUAAUACUUGAAUGGACUGAGCUGCUGCCUCUCUGUCAGCCAACUGUGUUACAAGACCUAAAAGGAUGCAUGUUGCAGUUUGUGAACAGAUAAGUGCCGAUGUGGUGUAAUAGCACCACUUCUGUAUAAUUCACUUAGUACAUAACCAAUCUCAGACCCUCUCAUUGACUUCACCUUUUUAAGUACUAGAAAGCCAAAGUCUGGUGUUAUUGAGUUCUUUCGAAAAGAUUUGAGCCGUUUUAGCUUUUCACUACUAACAUUUACAUUUAAAAUGUAUUAUGUUAAUGUGAGUUCAAAGCAAGCACAGACUGUACACUGAUAUGUUCCCUUGAAAGCGCAUGUCCAUAACUCAAAACUAAAUUGCACGAUUUAAAAGGCUAAGAAUGAAUAUCCAAAAGAAUCCUCCCUCACUUAGUGUAUCUUUUUGUUGAACCAAGGUCUACGUUCCCGAUAAUUUCCAUGGCAGUUGCUCAGCUGGCAGGGAAAAUAUGCAAUUUGAAUUCUGCCAUAUAUAAAACGUGGUCCCUUAUCCAUAUUUAAGUACUUUUAAAAUUAAGAGUAAUUCCAUUUGUAAGAGACCUUGAGACACUGAAUUGCAUGGCUUUAUCUUAAAAGAUCUGACUAGUGCACAAACCCGACAUCUUUUGUGUAGGAUCAUAGACCAGUGUUAAAAACGGCAGCAUUGUGUUGUAGAGUUCGCUUUUCAUGGUCACACGUCCUUUGGAUCAACUUAAAAUGGAUGAAAUAGAUGGAUUUGAGCUUUUACUGCUUUCAAAGAUUGAAGUGAGGUUGCUGAGUGAUAUUGAUCCAAUUGCUCCAAAGCGUCUGCUUGAGCGACAUUUAUGAACCUGGAUGCUCUGCUCUUUGCUCAGAGUUUGUUGAUGCAAAUUGUACUUCAUAUGAAUUAUUGACAUGACACUGAAGGACCUGCCACAACACUACAUACUCUGUUCAGUAUUUCUUUUGUGAAAAAUUUCAUUUAUGUAAUUUAUACCUGCCUUUUCUGAAAGUGUACAUUUUAUUUUGUAACAAUUAUGCCUUUAAUAAAAUAAUUUGCCUUUGCACAUAUGAGUAAACUGUUCCUGGUUGAAGUCACGCGCACAGAGGUUUAUAGUAAAUAUUUAUUUCCAAGAGCAAUGAACAGUUCGCAAACAUGUAAACAAAAGGCUGUCCUCGUAAGGCUCAACACACAACCUAAAAAAAGCAGAAAAACAAAACUGUUCAUCACUUGAAAAACAACCUGUUUGUUUCCAAAGCUCUAUGGUUUCAUAGAUGGCGGUCAGUCUGAUGUCAGUGGGAGUGUUUUCAGUGUGCUUACGACUGGCUCUGCGGUUAGAGUGU